AGCAGGGCAAACCAAAGCCUUUGUUGCGCACGCGCGCACGCCUCAAGCACAGAGGCGACAUACGCAUUUUCUUCUGCGCAGCGCGCCGCCUGUACUCACCAAAUUUCAAGCGCGCGGACGCCGCCGCCGCAUAGAAUGGCCUCUAAAUUAGCGGGAGGCGAAGUAGUACUAGAUCACGGCACCUUCAAGGCUAAUCAACCACCAUUAGCCCCAAAACGCAAGCUCAAAAUAGACCGGAAGAAGUCGGACGUGGAGUGGCAGUGGGCUCCCUUUACCAAUCAAGCCCGAGAAGAUGGGUUAGUCCUCCAUCACUGGCAAAAAAAAGGCGUCGAGUUCGCCGAGUACCCCUACGCGCGCUUCAACACGAAGCUGGAACGAGUGACGUACACGGAUGAUGAAUACGAGCGGUUACUCGCGGACCGGCACUGGACGCGGAGUGAUACGGACUACCUCAUUAAUUUGUGCCAUAGACUGGACCUGAGGUGGCCCGUCAUCCUCGAUCGGUACGCGCCGGUGCCGCCGCGACCGUUGGAGCAAUUACAGAGGCGCUACUACCAUUGCGCGCACGCUUUGGCGCGGGAUCGCUAUCGGAGGUCGCGGGGUGGUCGAUUAGAAAGCGAGGGCGGCGUGCCGGCCUACGUGGACCAGUCGCAGGCGCUGGGGAUUUCGUCGCGGACGCGAGACUUUGAUGUGGCCUACGAGGAGAAACGGCGUCGCCAAGCCCACGUCGCGUACUGCCGCACGCGGGCCGAGGAGGCCGAAGAAAGACGUUUAAGGGACGAGCUGAAGGCCGUCGAGCUCGAAUCGAGAAGACUGAAGCGACGCGCGCGCGGCCAGCCCGCCGACGAGCCCCCCCGUAGAAGUGGAUUGGAGGCCGCGCGCCUGGCGGCGAACGCGAUUGCGCCGCCGAAAAGACCGCAGCCCGGCCAGCCCUACUUGCAAUCUUCGAGACUGAAGCCUCCGGAGGGCGCGCAGGGCCUCUCGAAAGGCAUGCUCACCAAGUUAGCGUUGGUGCUGGAAGAGUUAGGUGUACCAGCUAGACCGAUUCCCACCAAGUUAUCGUGUGACGCGUAUGAUGCUCUACGUAGAGAUAUCGUGACACUCCUGUCGCUGCAGAAGCUGGCCACGUCCAAGGACUUGGAGCUGCGGCAGAUGCGCCGUGCUGCGGACGACCAGCACGCGCGGGCGCAGCACGCGGCGCGGGCGGCGCAGCAACAUACGAGAGCUCAAGCGUAUGCCGCGCCCAAACGGACGGCGCCGCAAGUUACAAGGGGGCAGGUCCAGAAGCGGGCGCGGCGCUAG